AUGAAGGACAUUCCAGACAUUGGCACGGCAGAUCUUGAAGUCAUGGAGCGUUUGGGGGCCAAGAUGGACAAUGCAAUGAGGUCCGCUUUGGGUUACAUCAAGAACACAUUUGAUGGUCUUGAAUCAACUUACUUGGCAAAAAUUAGACAAGAUAUUCAUCCCAUGCCAUUGUUUGAAGUGGGCCCACUCUAUAAAUUCUCACCGGGAUCAUCAAACAACAUACUAACACAAGAAUACAGUUGCAUGGCAUGGCUAGACAAGCAGGCGCCAGAGACCGUGAUUUACAUCAGCUUCGGGAGCUCAGGUUCCUUUGGCAAAAUAGACAUGGUGGAGAUAGCCUGGGGGCUAGCCAAUAGUGACCAGCCCUUCUUGUGGGUUCUCCGGACCGGCUCCAUCCAUGGCCAUGAUUCGGUCAAACUACUGAAAGGGUUCAAAGAGAAGACGUGGGAGAGGGGCCGGAUAGUUAACUGGGCCCCACAACAAGAAGUACUGGCCCACCCAUCAGUGGGAGGCUAUUGGACACACAAUGGUUGGAAUUCUACAUUGGAGAGCAUAUGUGAGGGGUUCCUAUGUUAUGUUCUCCUCAUUUAUGGGAACAAAAAUUGA